GCUAUUGCUCUAGUGAUAGUGUGCUAGUUUCAUUCGGGCGAGAAAAAAGGAGUUGAGAUUCGGAGUAGGUCCUGGUGUGCAGCACACAAUGCCGGAGAAAGAAACUUUCCACGAGCAUAUGCAAGUGCACCCGUUCCAUCACCCCGGCCAUCCACUAGCCGCGCACCAUGCGCACCAUCAUCCGCAAGCAGGAUUGUCGGCGCAUGGACUAGGGGCGGCGGCGGCGGCGGCCGCAGCAGCUGCAGCAGCGGCAGCGGCGGCCAAUGGUCCUGGCGGUGGUGGCGGCUACGGUCCUCUGCAAAUCCCGUCGGCUUUUGUGGCAUUCCACACGCAACUUCCUGCCGCGGCCGGGCUCGAGCAGCGCUCGCCCCACGAUGGCCGCUACCUCUGGGAUCCGACAGGAUCUGCCGCGGCCUCAUCGUUCCAUCAUCCGCACCACGCUGCACCGCAUGGCCUCGCGAAUAAUGCCAACUUUGCAGAACUGCAAUUUUUGAGUGCCCGUCGAGCGGCGGUUGCCGCGGCCGUAGCCAGCGCCGAGGCCGCACAUGCCAGCGGCUCCGUAUUACCUCCUCAUCCACCCGCGUCCGCCACCAUCGUACCGCUCACAAUCUCUCCGCCGGCCACUUCCGGUGCGUCACUGAACGGGGACGGCGAGCGCUCGAGCAGUACCGGCGGGAAUGGCACGACUUCGAUUAGCAACGGCACUUCACCGGCGGCCGGAGCGGCUGGCGGUUCUAGUCCCGGGCUGCCGACGCCAAACGGCACCACCGGAGCGACAUCGCUGGGUUCAUCUGCUGGCCAGACCAACAUCCCUUCCGUACCAGUGCCACAUCCCAGUGACUUUCAUCCGGCGUACAGGAUACCCGGCUACAUGGAGCACCUGUACUCGCUACAACACGCCUCUGCGUCCCUCCACGGCCUUGGGCUGACAUCAGAGUACAUCAACGCCCGAAACGCAAUUGCCGAUCUGCAUCCGGCCAGUUCACUGGCUAGUGCGGAUUUUCACUUCAGCAUCGACGCAGCUAGCCGCUUAAACAGUCCCCGGCCGGGCAGUAUUCGGGCCAGCGUGAGUCGCAAGCGCGCCUUAUCAUCAUCGCCGUACUCGGAUUCGUUCGAUAUCAGCUCGAUGAUACGGUACUCUCCAAACUCUCUUGCUUCACUGGUCAACGCUUCGCGUAGCAGCAGUACCAGCGGUUCGUACGGCCAUCUAUCGGCCAGCGCGCUUGGGCCCACCCUCGGCAUGCACAGUGCUAUGCCACCUCACCUGCAGCAUUUACUGCGCAGCAGUGGCUUCCUACAUACACUCCCAGGACACCACACGCCGACGGCCAGUAUGUUCUCACUGUCGCAUCAUCCGCUGCAUCCAGGGCAUUCGCUCAGCAAACCACAGCAAAUAACUGAUCUCUCGAGCAAGAAGCAAGAACAACCCACAUCCAGCUCACAAGUGACCCGUGUCGAAGCGGACAGCGCCAGUACUGCACAGCAGAAAAAAUCCCGCGUUAAACGGGAUGGAAUACUACACGUGCCUACCCACAAGGGGAGUCCGCAGGACGAUCGUGCAACAAAAAUCACCUCGAAUAACCAUCUAAGCCCGACCUCUACCCAAGGACCGUCUAACCAGGGAUCAAAUUUGGCCACCUCCACAACUCACAACGGUGGAUUAAAUCUGAGUCCUGUGCAUCCAGAACUGGGCAGUGGCGGACGAGGUGGUGGUUGCGAUCUAGCCGGUGGAACUCUUGGUGAAGGUGCUGGUGGAAGUGCAAUGGACGUAAGUUGCAACAAUGGUAACAUGAGCAACGCAAUGGGAAUGUGUGGUGGUUAUCGAGAAGUGGGCGGAAUCGGUCAUGAUGGGGGGUCCAGAGCGGAUACGACAGAGCCAAAGGAUGAACCGGGAGAUUUCAUAGAAACCAACUGCCACUGGCGAGAUUGUUCGCUGGAGUUUAACACCCAGGAUGAACUGGUGAAGCACAUCAACAACGAUCACAUUCAUGCCAACAAAAAAUCUUUUGUCUGCCGCUGGGACGAUUGUUCGCGAGACGAGAAACCGUUCAAAGCACAGUACAUGCUUGUGGUGCACAUGCGUCGUCAUACGGGUGAAAAACCGCACAAGUGCACGUUCGAAGGCUGUUGUAAAGCGUAUUCAAGACUGGAGAACCUUAAGACUCACCUUCGUUCACAUACGGGCGAAAAGCCAUAUACCUGCGAGUAUCCGGGUUGCAGCAAAGCAUUCAGUAAUGCAUCCGAUCGUGCCAAACAUCAAAAUCGAACUCAUAGCAAUGAGAAACCAUACGUUUGCAAAGCACCAGGCUGUACGAAACGAUACACUGAUCCAAGCUCGCUGCGGAAGCAUGUGAAAACGGUCCAUGGAGCAGAAUUUUAUGCCAAUAAAAAGCACAAAGGCAAUAACUAUGGCGGCGGUGGAAGCAGCGGUGGCGACGGUGCUGGCGAAGACGGAGAAGGCUCGAAUCAUAUGUUCGAUAGCAGUCCCAGAAGCGAGGAUAAGACAACAAGCAUGAGCAGUCCUAGUAUUAAGUCGGAGUCUGAUGCCAACUCACCGACCCAUCCGCCGAUCAAUAGCCCCAUGUCCAUUUCGGCACUCACCGCUGGACUCGGUGAAGAGCUGCAUGACGGAGGAAACAUGCAGUUGGGCAGUAUGGUGGGACUUGAUGAUCCCGCGUGGCCAUACGUUGACGAGGAUCUUGAGGUGGCCGACCUACCGUACGUGCUGCGUGAGAUGGUCGAUCUCGGUGGGGCGACGGGAGCUGCGACAGCAGUUGCGACUCGCAAUAAUCCUAGAAACCGGUUCAAGAAUCGCAUUAACCAUAAGAGCUCUCUGCUCGGUAGCAAUCCACUUUCCAACAUACCGGAGAUGAACAGUGGACAUAUGCGUAGCUUUGGUCUCGGGGAGCUGAACAAAAAGAUUACCGAUCUCAAGAUGGAACCAGGCACUACGCCACCCCCGCAGCCAAUGUCACAUCCAUCGCCCACGAUUGGCAAAGCUGGCCAGACGGACCUACAAAUGCGUCCACCCGGUCCACCAUCAUCCACGACCACGGCGACAAUGAUGAUGAUGAAUGCGUACCUCAAUCCAGCGCAGAACCGACGCGAUAGCAACAACAGCACGACUAGCAGUUCAUACUACAGCAUGCGAUCGGCGGAUAUUAGUCGUCGCAGUAGCCAGGCAUCUCAGCAAAGCUCGAUCUCAACCAUGCGACCCAGUUACUAUAACUCCUCGUCACUGUACGAUCCGAUCUCCCCGGGCAGCUCUCGACGAUCUAGCUCCAUGUCGACGGCCACGACGGGUGGUCAAAGCUUGCCACCACCACCUUCGUCUCAUCUGAUUGCUACCCAUCUGCAACGGUUCGGCGGAAACGGUCAGAUGAUGAACUCCAUGAACGCCAUGGGUGGACAAUCCGGUGUAAACGGUUCACGACACUCCAUUCCGAACAACACGAGUAAUGGGGGUAUGAGUUUCUUCGGUCAACAGCAGCACGCCCCAGCAGGACAGAUCGAUAGGCGUAUGUCGGAACCCGUGGCUAGUGGAUCACAUACUACUACCAGUACCGGUAAUGGUAUGCUAACUGUCGGUCCAAUGGCUGGCCGUAUGAACUCUCAGUAUAUGAACCGACGCAUGGUACCAGCGAACCCGCAACACAGCCAACGGAGUGUCCCAACUUGCACGGCCACAUCCGGAGCUGGAGAUGGUGCAGCACCGGGCUCCGGAACGGGAGUUGCUUCGAUGAACAAUAAAAUUUCUAAUCCUCCCAACACUGGCAAGCUACACCCGAACCAAGAGGUUGUACUGGACGAAGUCGAGGAAGGUGAAAUGGUGGAAAACAAACUGGUCAUCCCGGAUGAGAUGUUACAAUAUCUCAAUCAGGUAGCCGAUAUGGCUGGAGACGUAGGUGGGACUAGCAAAGUUGCUAAUCGAACGACCACCGAAACACCCAGUGAUCCAUUACCUGGUGGCGGAAGUAAUUGGAACGCAGCGCAAAACGAUAACGGUGCAUUCGGCGGUGGUGGUGGUAAUAGAACGAUAAGCCGCCCUCACCCAGCCGUUAACUUUACCCAACCUCAAUCGAACAUGCUAAUGAGCCCACAGUCACAGUAUAGCAACGACGAUUGUAGCCUUAUGAGCAACGUUAUGUCGCCACAAACACCGCAACACCAACAGGUGAUGUCACCGAUGAUGCCUGAUAAUACGGUUGCCCCCUUAGCCCCAACCACCAGCAAUACCAACAACUACUCGAUACCUUCGCAGAUGAUGUCGCAACAGACACCAGCUACCCAGGGUCAACAAACUCAUCCUCCCGUUCAGUGUCAAAUGAUGCACAACGUUAAUGACAUGCAAAACUUCAAUAAUAGAAACAACAGCUAUGGUAUGAGUAACAAUGGCACCGAAGUUUAUUCCCAGCAACAGCAGCAAGAACAGCAGUUUCAACAGCAACAGCAACAGCAGCAACAGCAGCAGCAACAACAACAGCUACAACAACAACAACAACAAAUGCGUCCAAUCGCUUGUUCAAACAUGAUCGGAUACUAUCACCGAACUGAUCAAAGUGCUCACCAUUGUUGUCUUGCAAUGAUGAUGCAGGGAUCACUUCACAUCAAUCAGCCUUCGGCUGCAGGUCCAUCCAGUCAGCAGCAGCAGCAGCAGCAACAGCUUGGAAAUGGUCCAAUGCAGCAACACCAGCUGCAACAGAUGCAAAAUAAUCAGCAUAAGAAUCCUUUCAGCAUCAAUGUGGCCAGUUUCGCCGCAACCAGCAACAAUCAGCAUCGCAAUUCAACGGCAGCGGAGAACAUAUCCGGCAAUGUCGCUAGGGCGAACAUUGAAAUCCAGUGUGGAGACAUCAGCCAAUCUCAGAUGUCUCCCGCAAUCGCUGCCAUUACGCCGAGCGGUGCCAUAGCCCCGCCACUUGGUGCCAACGGAUGCCAGCAAUCGAUCGAAAAUUCAGUUGCGAUUGCUGCCCCUUCGGCUCCACCGCAACCGAUGGAAAGCAGCCUUCAAACACCUCCGCUACCAUCCACACCGACCGGUUUUGGUGACCCUACGGCUACUGCUGCCCCGCCACCCGCUUUGCCAAUGUCACUUACCGAAGACAACGGUAUUGUCAUGGCGCAAGCGACAAACAACGGCAGUGCCAUGGGGUCUGACACGUACCAGCGCACUCUCGAGUACGUUCAGAACUGCCAGAAUUGGAGCGAAUCGGCAGCCGACAUGGUUAGCAGCAGCACGCAUCCGUCGUCGAACCUGGUCAUUAACGAUAUGAGCACGUCGCUGAGCUCGUACUUUGAGGAAGACCGUUACCUGCAGAUGAUCCAGUAGAGAACAAGAAUGCCAUUUCUUCUCGAUCAACGGAAUUGAUGCCCAUCGCGGAAGUAGUGGAUUAGCUAUGAGAUGAACACAAUUUCACGAUUUCGAAAAGAACACCCAUCCUGUUCAAUUAUCUUGAACAGCAAAUUCUGCCAUACCUUGAUCAGUCAAAAUGCGAUCGAUCGAUCGAUAGGCUGGUCGGUUAAACGAGUUUCCUAUAGACUUUAAUUUUAUUUCGACCCAGGCGGCUUUGCGUGUAGAAUGACUGUGGCUAUUUUCUUCUUUGUGGGAGACAUUGUUUAUCCUUUACUCUCCUUUUUUCUCUUUUAUAAAGAUGAAGGUUUGAAAAUGGAAGAAAAUAGAUUCGUUGAAAUCGUUUGUUUGUAUCAUUCUACAAAGGUUGGAUUGUACAUAGUAUGUAGACCAUGUACCAUUGUUGGUGCUAAGAGGCAACGUUUAAUGUAUCAGAGGAGGUCAUUGCAAAGACAAAGCUUAUCAACAGGCACCGGAUCGGAUCAUUUCAUUAUGAUCGUAUACUUGUAAGCGAUAGGUUGAAGCCGGCUCCUGAUAGUGUUUAACUUCGAUUCUGGCUUCUAGAAGUACUUUAAAAUUGAAAAGAAUGUGAAAUAAAUGAUUCGUUGAAUAUA